AUGUUCAAUACCUCUUUGCGCCGAGUGGCGCGCAACUGCUCGAAUGGCUCAGCGGUCCCCUCGCGCCCUACCACGCCUUCGAUAGCGUCCUUUACCUCCCACGCUCACCAGCGGCGACAUUCAUCCUCCAAGCCUCCUGUUCCGCCCAACAAUGGCUCUUCAGCCAUCCCAGCAGCUUCAGUCAAACAAGUUGGGACUCCGAGAUCGGAAACAAAGCGACCUGGCUCAGAGUCGCGCUUAUCAAAGAAGAGGUCUUCAAAAGACAAGGUUGAUGCGAAGGAGGAAGUACAAGAUGACUGGACAUCAAAACUUCCAUCGGUGCCUAGCUUACAACAUCUCAAUCCAAAGGAUAUCUAUGUAUCAUCGUUCUUUUCCACUCAUCGCCCUCUCUCCAUCACAGGCCCUGUGCCUUCAGAGACGAGCCUCGAUGCAUUUGACAAGAUAUUCCAACCGAAGCCCAGGACGAAAUUGCAUCCCGCCACACAAGAUGUCAUCUAUACUCUCUCAUCGGCUGUCGAAAGUCUCGACGAGCAGAUAGCAAGCAGACGAGGCGAACAUAACCACAACCAAGGAGCCGAGCAAAAGGCGGCCAUUAUCAAAGCUUUGAUGCAGCGUAACAAUGAGAACACGGCAGAUCCCAACCGAACUCGCCACCUGGACGGGCAGUCGCAGACGAUCAAUAUCAAUGGAGGCAAUGUCAAACUUGUACUACAAGAUCUUGCACGACGAUUCAGGCCGUUCAACACACCUCCCGCGCCCACACCGUUGAGUGAUACCGAGAUCGAAGCGGCCGAGGCCCAGGCCGCCGCCGAAGAAGCCGGUGAAGAAAUGCAAGCGAGAUUCUUGGAGGUGGAGAUCCAAAACCAGGAUAACGACCCGUAUGUUCAACAGGUCGUCAUGAACGUGAUUGAGCGAGACUCGUCAGACCACGAUGGGUUCUUCACGCCUCACUCGUCCCCUAUGAUGGAAAUCGAGGAUGCCUCUACUAUGCGAGAGAUCCAAGAACAAGUCCGUGGCAGACGUCUUGGUCACCGACGAAGACCUGCAAUGUACGCUAUCAGCGUCAAGAGACAACGUCGUCUCAAGAUGAAGAAGCACAAGUACAGAAAGCUGAUGCGCAAGACACGGAACGCCAGGCGAAGGUUGGGCCAGAUAUAA